AUGCCCAUCAACCUCAUCGGCUUGGGAUCUCACACCGCCAUCCUCGGCGUCUUCAACGUCACCGCCAUCGCGUUGGAUUGGAGUUACUGCAUUCCAAUAGGAUGCCGUUCACUCUUUGGCAAGUUCCAGCCGGGGCCGUGGAAUCUGGACAAGGCGGGACCGUUUAUGAACUACGACAUCGUGGACCUAGCCGGCAUCCUCGCCUUCGCGGCGCUCCACUGGUUCAAGGGAGGACGCAAGUUCUACACUGGGCCGGUUGUGGAAGCUGACAUCAACGAGGACCCCUCUCGAGGCGGUCGUAGUAGUGAUGAUGAGCUGAUGAAGAAUGAGGAGAUGCGUUCGCAGAGUGGAGAUAAGGGACAUGCAGUGGUGACAAAGUGA